AUUCCUCGCACAGAUUAGGGUAACCCAAGUUUCCCAAACCCUAAACGCUACGCUCAUCACUUUUCAGAUUUCUCCCCUCCCAAUCGGUGCUUCAGCCGGCGGCGCGUGAGGGUCUCAAUCGGCGCGUGAGGGUGCGGUACGCGCGUGAAUCCUACUACUCCGCUGACCUAUGCUUUGUUCAACCCGCAUUGGAAAGUCCAUGCCGGAGAGAGUGCGGAGUCUCACCGGACGGCGUUGAUUUCGCGCUUCUAUGGCUUCCGCCGUCUUAGCUAACCGGAACGAACGCAAUUCGCCACAGCAUAGAGGCGGUGGAGCUGGAUUCAUGGGAAAAGUACCUUUCUCUAACCCUAACCCUAAUUCUAACCCUAAAUUACCCAAGAGGACCCAAUCGGCUUCCGAUGACGCCUCCUCCAUCAACCGGCGGCCCAGCGACGCCGUAACUCACUCUCAGUAUGUGUCCUUCAACAUCACAUCGUACACGAAGAAAGGCCUCAACGACCUCAAGAAUCGCCUCGUCAUGGAACUCGAACAGGUUCGGAAGCUAAGGAAUCGAAUCGAGUCCGGCGAGUUUCAACCGGGGCAAAGCUUCAACGGCCACCCCAAGAAAUCCUCGAGCAAGAAGGUUUCCGGCAACAAGCGGCCCUUGCCCUCGAAUUCCUCGAAGGAUUUGAAACGGUCGCAUUCUGAGGUUGGGAACAUGAUGAAGGCUUGCUCGCAGGUUUUGCAGAAGCUGAUGAAACACAAACAUGGCUGGAUCUUCAAUGCUCCCGUCGAUGUUGUCGGAAUGGGUCUGCAUGAUUACUACGACAUAAUUAAGCACCCCAUGGAUCUGGGUACUGUGAAGACGAAUCUCGCAAAGAACGCGUACGCCACUCCCUCGGAUUUCGCCUCUGACGUGAGGUUAACUUUUAAUAACGCGCUCAAAUAUAACCCUAAGGGUCACGAUGUGUACGCCAUGGCGGAGACGCUUCUGGCUAGGUUUGAGGAGCUUUACCGGCCGUUGCAGGAGAAAUUCGAGGGUUGUAUCAGACAAGAUCACGAUUUUGAAGAGGAAUUGCAGGCUAGUUCGUGGAGCCACGUUGAGGCACCGGAGAGGGUGAAGAAGAAGGAGAAUCCGAUCCCUCCGGCCAAAUUGCAGCAACAAGAGCCUCCGCAGCCUCCGGCGAGUUCUUCCAACCCUCCGUUGCUGCAGUCUCCAGUGCGCACGCCUUCGCCAAUGCGGGCACCUCCGGUGAAGCCCUUGAAGCAGCCUAAGCCGAAGGCUAAGGAUCCCAACAAGAGGGACAUGAGUCUCGAGGAGAAGCACAAGUUGGGGAUUGGGUUGCAGAGUUUGCCGCCGGAAAAAAUGGAGCAGGUGGUGCAGAUCAUAAGGAGGAGGAACGGGCAUUUGAAGCAGGAUGGGGAUGAGAUCGAGCUAGAUAUUGAGGCUGUUGACACAGAGACCCUUUGGGAACUCGAUCGGUUAGUCACCAAUUACAAGAAGAUGGUUAGCAAAAUUAAGCGGCAGGCAUUGAUGGGCAACAACAGCAACAACAAUGUGGCGUCUUCCAAAGGCAAUGGGGAGUUGGCUUCUAGCGAGAAAGCUGAUGGGGCGCCAGUUGAGGUUAAGAAGCCAAAGAAAGUAGAAGCAGGGGAUGAGGACGUUGACAUUGGGGACGAGAUGCCAAUGAGUAUGUUCCCCCCUGUUGAGAUUGAGAAAGAUAAAGAUGUUGCUGGAGGCCAUGCAAGUAGUAGUUCUAGUAGCUCUAGUAGUUCAAGCAGUGAUUCCUCAUCGUCAAGUGAUUCGGAUUCAGGCAGUUCCUCGGGGAGUGAUUCUGAAGCAGACAAUGGGCAUUUGUAGCAGCCACGGGAUUUUUGAAACCAAUGGUCAAACUGAUCAUUUGGGUAAGCGGAUGAAGAAAAUGUUUGCUUCAUUGGCUUCCUCUGAGGGUGCGGCAAGUACAUGGAUGAGGGAUUGUUACCGUUAUUUGUUGGUUCGGUUUGGGAGUAGUAGCGGUUUGGAUUGUGGCACUGAGCACCUGCUCCAGGAUUUGUGGUGUGACAUAGUUGUACAAAUGAUGAUUUCGAAAACCGAAGUAAUGAUCAAAACAAUUCGUAGGCCAGGAAGUAGUGUUGAAAAUCCUAGGAUAGAAUCGUUAAAAGAUUAGGAAUAGAACUGAGAGAAUUAGUGUUUUUUUGGGUUUACCUUGUACACAUUACAACAGUAAAUAGAUGGAACAUCUUUUUAAAGGCCUUUCUUGCUUAUUUAUGAAGUAGAGAUUCCGAGAUA